AUUCAUGAUAGUGGGGACGUGCCGAAUACUGAUGUCGGCAAAGGCUGGAUCUUGGCCACUUCCUCGUAUUGGAGGAAUUCCGUGAACAGUUACGUGGGAGAAGUAGUGGGUAUGCUACUAAGCCCCUCUGCUUACAACUACCUAGAGGAUCCUGGUGGCAGACCUCAGUGGCAACCCUGCUACUACUAUUAUAGGCUGCUACAGUUCAACAAACUGCUCGGAUGACAACUAUGCUCUAGACUUCUACAACACCCUCUCUGAAGUAAUAAAGAAGCUACUUGGAUAUAAGAUCAUAUGUGGCGAUAUGAAUGCACAAAUCAGUCCCCUAGAAUUCGAUGGGUUUAGCUUUGGAAAAAAGACGAAUAGAAACGGCCAGUUUAUGUUGGAUAUGGCU